UGUCAUUUCCUUGAUUUUAUAUUAACAUCUCCAUGCUAAUCUGUCAUGCAGACAAGAUGUUAAAGUGAACGAGACGACACACAUAUCAAGUGGUAUAUUGAAUUUAAGAUGAGAGCCGUGCUCGUGUAGAUAGAUAUAGUGAUGCAAGUAAAAUCAUCAAACGAAAAGAGACAAUGGUAUAUCAGCUGGGACGAAUAUUUUAUGGGCGUGGCCUUGAUUACAGCCCAAAGAAGUAAAGACCCAGUCACGCAGGUUGGUUCUUGCAUCGUGAACGCCGACAAUAGAAUAAUAAGUACGGGGUAUAAUGGAAUGCCAAACGGAUGCAAUGACGACGUUAUGCCGUGGGGGAAGCAUCAACCCGAUAGGUUAAAAAACAAACAACUUUAUG